AUGAAAGUGCGACGCUUUCUUGAAAGGCUAUUUCAGAAUCAGGCUAAUGAGCAAGCGAAAACUGCACUGCUCACGAUGCUCCGAACGUCGGAUGGCCUUCGUCAUCAAGUAUUGGUUGGUGUUAUGGGGAAGAUGCUGAGACACUAUAAGUGGUUCGAUAUGAAGAUCACUGAUGCUCAGCUCGGCCGGGUUGCCUCCGUUGUGAUCACCAA